AUGAAGAUCGCCGCCACCCUCGCUGCUUUUGCCUCCGCCGCCGAAUGGCAAGGACAGAACGAUGUCCAGACCUGCGGUGCCGUCGCCUCCGUCGAUGCCGGUGACUCCCCAGUCAACGCCACCUGCACCAUCUCCUUCGGUGGUUACGCCACUUCCUUCGUCUCCGUCGGUGGUGUCUUUUGGACUUCCGACUCUACCUUCACCUCUUUCGAAGGUAUCUUCGAGGGUUCCACCGUUGAGGUCCUCGCCUUCUUCCCACAGUCCUACGAUGCUGAUGGAAACCUCGACAACUCCACCUGCGGAACUGAGGCCGACAUCUCCGUCUCCUGCGUCGACCAGGGAGCCGCCGAGGGCCGAGCCAACCUCAUCGGAAACUUCGCCUUUGCCCCAGACAACAACAACUUCCAGGUCCCAGUUGCCAACGCUGACGACUCCUUCGCCGUCGAUCUCUCUUCCUUCGGUGCCGUCCAGAACCAGACCUGCAACGGUGACGCCAUGUCCACUUCCGGAAGCUCCCUCUCCUGCGCCUUCGGUGAUGUCGCUCAGAUCUCCUACUUCGGAUUCUCCUCCGACGCUCAGCCAGCCAACCCCAACUCCCUCUUCGCUUAA